GCGCCACAAAAACCCUAAAAAUGACAGAGAAUCACUCACCGGAUGCGACUUGAAAAUCUUUAUUAUUCUUUUUCCCCUCGCCUGAUUAAUCAGAUCGAGCCCUUUCGAUACCCUAAUUCGAACAAUUCCAAGCUUAGAUCGACAUGGAGGGUCUAUCCGCCAUUUGCGCCGGUCUCGGAAUCAUCGAGGAGGACGACAAUGGCGGUCGCAUCGGCUACACGAAGGGCGAAUACUGCCUAGAUAAUUUGAAGGAUUUGUUGAGGUUUCUGAGGCGAGACGAUCCGCAGACCAGAGAAGUAUUCAAGCAAGUUUGCAAGUGGAAUAUUGUUGGCAAGGAUUUGAUACCCAUUUUGGAACACUGCCAGGAUGAUCAUAAUUUGGUGCUAAAUGCAGUGAAGGUGUUGGUGUUUCUAACCAUGCCUAUCGAACCCACAUCCAACGACAUCCCCCAACAAAUAGAGUACCUUUGGGCUUUGAAGUCUUCAAUUACCUUGAGUGACACUGUCCCAAUGAUCGUCUCACUUCUGGAGAGCCCAUUGGAAAACUUAGAAUGUGACACAUUUACGGAGGAUGACUGGAAACUAGUCCAGCUGGUGGUUACUUUAUUUCGCAACAUUGUAGCUAUCCAGGAAAUCCCUCCGCACCAGAAGGCUGGCGCAACCACACAGUUCUUGUCACUCAGAGAUAAGUUUUUAGAACUACUGUUCAAUGAGAAUGUGAUGGACUUGAUCUUAGUUCUAACGCAGAACAUUGGCGGCUCUUCGAGGUAUCUCCGUCAAGAUAACUUGCUUUUGUUGGAAACUUUCCAUUACGUAGUUGUGGGUCAGGAGCCAGAACUGAUUGCUAAAGCAUAUUCAAAGGACUUGAAGGUGAAUGAAGAUGCCGAAAUUUCUAUUGACAGUCUUAGAUCUAUUAUGGAAGAGGAAGCUGAAAAAAGAAAGCUUACCAGGCUACGCAAUACGGGUUGUUCCUCCCAAUUUAGUGGAGCAUUUACUCGGCUAACCAUGGAUGGUUCUAAAACAUUAUUGAUGGGAAACCCAUGUUCUGCUUCUCAUGGCAAUCUGCUCAAGUCUCAUAAAGUACAACAUCGAGGUCCACUCAAAAGAAUGGUGUGGGACUAUGAAAGAUUACCGUCAACAAAGGACAAAAUUUUAGAACUGCUUCAUGAUUUUGUUAACCAGCUUGUCUCAGGGGGGUACAAUGUUCUAAUGCAAUCCAUUCGGGAAGAUAUAGAAAAGGAGCACAUAAUUGAGAGCAGCGAUGUUGCCAUUUUCUUUCAGGUUGCUCAAUUUGUUACAUCUUUUCAAUAUCAGAAGUCCUUGUUUUUGAAGCCUGAAACAAAUGCUGAUGUAUUCGAAGCUUCCUUGAAUCAUCAUGCUGAUAGUACACUUUUUAAAGGCAAUAUAUGUGGACCAAUUGCCGCAUCGAUGAACGAGUCAAUGUUCCUCUUAUUAUUUUCAAAGUGGCAAUAUGCAUAUGAUGGCUUGAAGGAGACAAAGGACUAUAAGUUUGUAUCUGCAGCAGGAUCUCUAAUGAAAAUCAUGAUUCGUAUGCUGGAUUUAGUGCUUAAGGCAUCACCUGAAGAUUCUAAGGAACCUCAAACGGCUCGCAUUCUUCUUUACAAGUUAUUUUAUGAUCAAACUGAUCAAGGGAUGACACAGUUCCUUUUGAACCAGAUCAAAUCAUUCGACAUUCACAAACAGGCAAAAAGUGAUCUCUCCGACUUGAUAGAAACAACAUAUGUAGUUAUAAGGCUCAUGGAGAACCUUCAAGAACGAGGCACAUUAAGGGUUUCUAGAAAGUCUAGGAAGAAGAGAGCAAAGAAAAUGUUGAAUGACAAGAGUGAUAACAUUGAUCAACCAGUUGGAGAUCAUACUCCCCUUCAGAAUGAGAUUGCUAACUCUGGUUGUGAACCAGGUGAAGAUCAUACUCCCUUUCAGAACAAGGACGAAGCCGCAAUACCUGUUCAGGUUAAUGAGCCCGAAACUUGCAGGGUAGAAACAUCUAAUCACAAAACCAAUCUUCAGGGGAUGAAAAAUAAUAAGUCUGAUGAACAUAAUGGUGAUCUUCAUGAUGGAAUGGGUGAUUCUUCUUGCGAUGAGCAGCUAGCUGGUACUGAUGAAGUGGACUUCAGAGUAUCUACUUUGAUUUCUGCCCUAGCAAAUAACAAUAUUAUCCAAAAUUUGUGCUGGUUGCUGAAGUUUUAUAAAAGCAAUUCUACAAGUACAAACCACUACAUUUUAUGCAUGCUGCGGAAAAUUUGUGAUGAUCUAGAGCUUUCUCCAAUGCUAUAUCAGUUGUCGUUCCUAAAUAUAUUCUACAAGAUCCUGGAUGAGCAGAAGUCAAGCCCAUGCAAGGAAUAUGAAAACAUAGUUUUAUUUCUAACAAGCUUGGUUAGGAGAAUGCUUAGGAAAAUGAAGAAACAACCUCUACUUUUUGUAGAGGUGCUCUUCUGGAAGACACGUAAAGAAUGUCAUUACAUCAACUGUGAAUCUUUGUUGCAUGAAGUUGGCAACUUGAAGAGAGAAAGCGAAAAGUGGGGAAGUGUUUCUAAGGACGAAGGAAUCUAUUCAUCUCAAGGGCAAGGAUGGGUUCAUAGGAGCAUAGCAGAUGCACUUGGCGACGAUGAAGCUGACUUUGUUGACCCAAAUGAGAUCAAUAAACAGAAGGAGGAGGACCCUUAUGAGAUCAAGAUUCAGAAAGUUUUUCAAAGAAGCAAUGGGAACAAUGGACAAGUGAAGGAAAACGUCAAGUCAGUUUCUAGUGGGGGAAGUCACAGCAAGGAAAUUUCUGAUAGUGAGGGGAUUAUUGAACAUGAGUCUGAAGGGGUAUCUAAAAGAAGGAAAAGCCUUGUUCUUAAUCAAGAUCUAGAAGGGAAAAUCAAGGGUCUAUAUGAAAAAUACAAGGACGAUCGUCAUUGUAGUCGUCUCAUUGCUGAAGAGCUCGAUCCAGAUGGAAAAGUUUCGCCAGUUCAGGUUUCCAACAAGCUUAGACGGCUUGGGCUUAGAGUCCCACGACAGAAAAGGAGGCUUCAAGCUGGGGGUCCUAUCCAACUUGAGGAAGAAGGGGCAAGGGGAGAUGAAAAUGAUCUUAGCAAAAAUGAGUUUGAGGAGAGUUCUGCACUGAGACAACCUCUGCACACUAGAAAAAGAGUACGCGCCUUUAGCAAAGAUCAGGAGAUGAGGAUCAAAGCUUUAUUUGAGCAGUUUAAGGAUCAUAAGAGGUGUAGUCACAUGAUUGCAAAUGCAAUGGAUGCUGAUGGCAUAUUCACAGCAGCACAAGUUUCACGCAAACUCAAGCAACUUGGCCUUCGUGUUCCUAAGUGCAAGAGAUCGGAAGGCCACAUGCAUUCAAGGGAUGAGGAUCCUGUCAACUUUUCUGCAGAAAGUGCAGAAGACUCUGACAAUGAAACGUUAUUAUCACUGGUAAAAAGGAGCAAAAGCAAGAAGAAUGAAAGAGAAAUUGAGGUGGCAGAUGAGAACAAUUAUGGAAAAGGCAAUUCUGACGAUGAACUUCCAGGCGCUGCUUUAAGGGAUGGAGAAGAACCCCCCUGUGGGACGGAGGGUGAAUUUGAUGAAAGUUCUCUCGAUUACGCUGCCAAUGCAGAAGCUGAAGCAAGUAGCCUCGGCAGCAAAAAGUUAGUAGGUGCUCCACUUGUUGACGAUGCAAGUCAUUUGCAGCAUCAACAAAUGCAUGACGAGCUGGCUGAUGAGUUAUCAGAUUUUGGGGACGAUGCAACAACUCAUGUUGCAUCCCCGAAAGAUGCCGUAUGGAGAAGGAAGAUGAGGAUGGUGCUUGAUCUCGAGGAUGAUGACUAGGACUGUUGUAUAGAGUAGUCUUUUUAUAUUAUCUGCCCUUCCAGAUCUUUUUCGCUUGAACAUGAUCAGAUAUGAUGUAGAGUCACACAUAAAUGAAUGACGCAAAUAGUUCUGGUUUUCCUAUUGAAAGGCGCUUCGUUGGUUGUGAAGGAUUCAAAUAGCUAUGUUUUUCUACAACGAAAUAACCGAUUCUUCUGAGACAACUGAACAAAAUACACCCCAAUUACAACUUCAGUACUAGC